UAUAAGGCAAACGGACGUAUAGUACAAUACACCUGCAUACAAUAGCUCCGUAGUUUAGUAUAGUGCAGUUCCCAGCAUCUGACGCGCGGCCUCCUCUCGCGUGUUUACCAAACCGUGUAAAUAAUGAUUGCGAAGGUGCUAAUCAGUGCUAAAAUACGUGGUGCAGAAACUAGUCUUUGCAAAAUCCUUAGAAAUCUUAGCGUUAAUUUAAUAGAAUACUGAAUUCUAAUGCAAAUUGAGUGUUUAAGUGAAUAUCAUUUAUUUGUAGACGUUGAAUGAUUUUUAAUGGUAACAGUUUUCCCUUUGAGCGAUCAUGGCGCCAUCAAGCGGCGACCACGUGUACUUAUGCAUUACACGUCAAAGUCACCAGACCGAGAAACCUACGAGUCUACUAACUUUAGCUACUCGGCUGAACCUGGGGAUGUUAUCGCUACAACAAAAGAAGAAGAGUGGGUGACACGCAAGACGAGCGAGGUGACGACCACCCGGCAGAUCGCGACGCGGGUGAAGCGGGAACUGGUGCUUGAAGAUGGCCGCAUCCUCCUCGACUCCGGACCAAAGAUAUCUACUUCUGUCAAUGAGGAUACACACACUACGAACUUUCAACAGACCGAGCAUCGAGUACCUGAUGAACAAAAUGGCGAAGAAGAUACGAAAACCAACGGCGGUGUACAUAUCGAAGCGGCAGAGGGAGCCACCGAAUUGCCACAGGAUGAACUGGCACCGAAUACUAGUGGAGAGGUAGCGCCAUCUGGUGGCAAAGUGUUGGUGUCGUCCCGCGUGGUCGCCAAUCCGGAGGGCAAGGUGCGCGAGAGUCAUGACCUGAAAGUACUCACGAGGAACGUCACCGAGCGAGUACGAGAGACGGAAGAGCGGUUCCAUCAUGGCGACACUACACAUGACGCGCUGAUAGCGGCAGUAAACGAGACGCCGGAGGAGGACAUCCGCGAUGCUCUGAAGCAGCAGACGGAGCAGCUGGCGCUGGUGCCGCGCGGCCCGGAGCUCGUCAAAGACACCGUCGCGUACAAUACCACUAUCAAGACUGAUGACACCAAGGAACUGCGUGCACUGCGUCCGGACGGGACGCUGGUGACGGAGACGCGGCAUACCAGGGAGGAGGAACGGCUCUGCGACGAGGACUUGCCCGAACAAGAGGCCGGUGGCAUAGCGAGCGACGAGAGUGUAGUCGAGGAGCGCGGCGGUACGGAGAAACGCCGACGCGAGGACCUGGAGCGCAGCACCGACCUGAUGGCGGGCGGUCUGCGCCUCGCCACACAGAUACACUCCAGAACACGCACCGAAGAAGUUGAACGAGAAGGACAACCAAACAUGGACGACGAUUGGGAUAGUUUAUCGGUGAGAUUGCGACGCCAGCGCCGCCUACGUUUGAACGGUGAGCAAAAAUGUGUAAUAAAUCAUCGGUUUUUUGUUUUCAGAGGUCAAUUUUCGAGUACACUCGGUCGAUUCAGCCACUCAACGAGCCGCUUGAAUCCGAACAGUGAGGCCGAGGAGGAGUACUCGCGCAGCGCGCAGACUUUGCCGCGGAAACUCCACGAGCGCAAAGAAAAACCCACCGAAAAGCCGACAACAAACAAAUAUUGGAAUCGCCUCUCGUCUAACAAGCGAUCAACAAGUGCCAUCAAUAUAUCGAAUAAUCACGUGCCACCGCCGCAAGAGGUCAAAAUCAACGGUUACCCGCCUGGUCCGGCGAAACCGGCGCGGACCUACAAAGGUCUGAAUAGGAGCAAGAGUUUUGCUAUGGGCGCUCCUGAACAGGAGACGCAUCCACGUUACGUCACAGGCAUGAGUCGCAACUACUCCACGAUGUACAAAUCGAAUCCGCAUUUGAGUAAACUGGACGAGACUCCAGAACAACUCAAGAGUCCCGGUAUUGUGUCUAUCAUAAACAGAAGUCAGCGGGAUCUCGCUGACGCCGUCUCUCGUGAGACUGAACGCAGACGUGAUGGCUUGUUCGGAGCUAGAUACGGUAAAACUACACCGAUUAGUAACGGUCACACGAACGGCUAUAAUAAAUCCUACGAGGAAACCGAUAAGAAGAAAAUUUUCCUUAAAGGACUUCGCGAACGUGCUCCAGAUCUGUAUCAAACGUUACACGCCGACGAUGAAUCAGACGGAAGCAGAUUAUCGUCGAGAUAUGGGACCCCCUCCCCGCAUUACAAGGAGCGAAUAUCGGAGGAGCGAAAAAUCCCGCUUUACAAAACUGAAUCAUUGAACAGAGAAUCGAGUCCUUUCGUAUCGAGAUUGGAAACAAGAUUAAAAUCACCGGCAAUAAGGAGAGGGAGCAAUAGCAGCGAUAACUUCUCUGAAACGUACAGGUACACGACACGAUCGGGUGACCCGGAACGACCGAGUGUGACGGAUACCGUCGAGACUGUUAGUAAGAAAAUAGUACCGUCAAGAGAUGGUCGGUCCAAAGAGAUCAUAGAAUCUCGGGAAGUGAAUUCGGUUACAAAGAGCAGGGGUUAUAAGGGGGAACCGAUUUCCAGCGUUAAAUACUACGAUAAUGGAAUACGUGCCUCACCGCCUGGCUUUGAACACAAGAAUGGAUCGGCGCCUCUGUAUUCGGAACGAAGGAGUAGCAACUACAAGGUGAUAGAGAAGAUAAGAGAUUAUUAGUUACGUAUUUUUAUAAUCGUAACAUUAAUUGCCAUAAACACAACGUACUUUAUUGAUUUAAAAGUAUCAGAACAAAAUGCACAAGCGUAUUUUCAAUGCUCUAUGUUAUUAACAUUGUUGGAGAAAUAAUAUUAAAAAUUACUUUAACAUAGAUUUUGUUAAAUUAAUAGAUCGCUUUUCAUGUAAAAAGUCAUAUAGCUUUACUAAUUUUAUUUUUCUUAACAUAAAUAAUUGAUUUAAAUCCGUCCGUUUUAAGAUUUUUUUAAAAUCUAUCUUAAUGUUAAGUCUAUUUUUAAGACACGUUGAUUUGUAAUAUAAACUUACAUUUAUAUAACAUUUUUAAAUGUAUGUCAAAUAAGAAUUAUAAUAAAAUGUAUUCAAGAAAAAUAUAAUGUGUUAAUAUGCACUAA